GGUUGAUACCGGUGAAGAAAAUAACAAACCAAAGAAAAUUUUUUGAUCACUGGAAUUUUGGAGAAGAAGGAAAAAUAUUGAAUCUCGAAGUUGAGUGUUGUGUUUAAAUCCAUCGGAUUACAAAGCAAUCGUCGCUUUUUAAGGACAAGAGGAGUUCAAAAUUGGAUACACUGAUAUAUAUUUUUGCUUUCUAAGCCACUCUUUUUUAUUAUUGGAGCUGGAAAGCUUGUGAAAUAUCGCUUUGAAUUGAGACGUUUAUAGACUUAAAGAAACAAAGAUGGCGUGUGCCACUUUAAAGCGUUCCUAUGAUUUUGAUCCUGUUCUAAGUCCACAGCAGCAACCAUGUAAAAAAAGAAGGCGGUACAUGGCAGUUAAGUCAAGUCCAACAACAUCGACAAACGAGCCAUCAAACUUCCUUGAUGUCACUCCGAAAAUGACUUCAGGUGAGCAAAGUGCCAAAGAGUUGUGUAAAAAAAAGUCUACGUUUAUAUUUGCAUGAUUUUUCUGUUUAUUGUUUAAAAAAAUAGCCGUCUGUUAAUGCCGAAUAUAACUAGUUUCCAUAGAUGUAUUUCUACAUGUAUUUGAAAGCAAAGAUGCCAACCAAAUAUCACUUUUAAACGUUUUGAAAACAACAAUAGGACGCCAUCUUGAAUUUUUAAAGUCCUUCAAAAGAUAUGGAUUUCUUUGCCAAAUUUGUGCAUAAAACGUUUGCCAUGCAAAACAUCAAAUAGCAUUUUUAUCUAAAACUCUAAGCUUUAUUAUUUCACUCUGUCUAACACCAGAUGAUUUUACUUGUCAAAGAGAGAGCACUGGCAAUGAUAUAAAAUGUAACAUUUCUCAUUGUAUUUAUACCAAAUAAUAUUUUCUAGAACAAAUUGCACAAAAUGUGGAACAGGAAUGGAGAAGAAUACAAAAACGAAAGCGACUUACAGCUAUCUUACCAACAUCAAAUAUAUUCAUGGAUAAUCAUCUGAGCCAUUUGUUACCAAGUGCCUCCCCGAGCACGCCAGCAUCACCAAGCACGCCAGCAUCGCCAAGCACGAGUGAUAAUAAUAAACCUCUCUUCACGUUAAAACAAGUGCAAAUAAUUUGCGAGAGAAUGUUAAAAGAACGAGAGAAACAGUUACAAGAAGAGUAUGAUAAAGUAUUAAACCAAAAACUAUCAGGUAAAUGUUAAAAAAAGUUUUAAUUAACAUAUAUGAUGGUACAGCCUAGAUGAGUAGAUUUAGUAUUUAAUUUCAGAAACUGAUUGCUAAUCAUUUGCAAUAUUUUUAGAGCAAUAUGAUGCAUUUGUGAAAUUUAGUCAUGAUCAGGUUCAAAGAAGGCUAGGAGAGAUGCCUCUUAGUUGUAAGUAUUUCAAAACUUUUGGUUGUAAAAAAAAAGUUUGCAAUUCAAAUUUUAAACAGCCAAUCUCCCAUUCCUGGUAACAAUUGCUAUAAACCGUUGAUUGGUGGUUUAAAACUAGAAUUGUAAAUAUUUCAAAAUAAUGUGGGUGUGGUUAUAGACAUUUGUGGGAGUGGUAGUAGACUUGCUACCAUGAUAGCUCAAGGGGAAAAGAUGGUCUAGAAACCUGAAGAUGCGAGUUUGAAUUUCACUUGAGACAACAAAUUCUUCUUUGUUCUCUGCAGUGUCAGAAUAGAUAUAAAACUAACUUUCCAUCUUGGGUGGAUUUACUGGGGUGGGGGUUAAGGGGGGUUAACCCCCCCCCCCUAGAAUCUUGCUAACCCCUCUAAUAAAGUGUUUAACCCCACCAAAAUUUUGCCUCCUAUUUUGUGUAAGAGGCAUUAACCCAAACACCUAUAACCCCUGCCGAAGCUCGCUGAGUAGUGCCACUUGCACCCCAUCAGAAAUUUUUUUACCCCUCCUUUUAAGUAAAUUAUCCAUAUCUCUAAAAUUAUAUUAUUUCUAAUUAUAGAUGUAUCAUGAAAAUGUAGAAAUCUUUGCCACAACAUUUUGCUCUCAAUUCUAUGGUCAUUGAGUUCUCUUCUCUCUUCUAAUGUGCAAUUAGCAGCACAAAUAUUCUUACAUUAUACCUGGGAUUUGCUGUGUGAUAUCUGGCUUGCUAGACGGGUCGUUUAUAUACGGAUCGUUUAUAUUGGAAACAAAUUACAAGGAUGUUUUUAGUUUACUAAUUAAAAUAAACUAGAAUUUUGUAAAUAAUUUUGUUGUAAAGUUUAUAUUGUCUAUUAAAGGUAUUAAAUUAAAAGUGACUUG